UCUUUUAACUGCGCAGGCGCGCCGGAAGCACCUAGAGAGCGGCGCAUGCGCAGCGGGAGUCGAAGCGGAGACCCCGGGGUCGCGCGAGAGCCGCAAGCGGAGUUGGUGGGCGCUAUGCUAUCACCCGAGGCAGAGCGAGUGCUGCGGUACCUUGUAGAGGUGGAGGAGCUCGCCGAGGAGGUGCUGGCGGACAAGCGGCAGAUUGUGGACCUGGACACUAAAAGGAAUCAGAAUCGAGAGGGCCUGAGGGCCCUGCAGAAGGAUCUCAGCCUCUCUGAAGAUGUGAUGGUUUGCUUCGGGAACAUGUUUAUCAAGAUGCCUCACCCUGAGACAAAGGAAAUGAUUGAAAAAGGUAAGGCCUCCUGGGGAUGGGUCAGGGAUGCGCUGCCUCUCCCACCAGCUUUGGUCUUAACCCAGAACAGGGAGUCAGGCUUCAGGCAGCUUAAGGAGAGACAGCUCUGUCACAGGGUUCAGACUGCUGUGGGUUUUAAUUCCACCUCUGCCACUGUGGGUUAUUUCCUUAUCUCUAAGAGGGGUUGCAUCUAUGUAGCAUGGCUGUGAAGUUGAGGUAAAACAAUAUGUGUGCCUAGCAUAGUGCUUUCUUAUUAGUGAGGAAUCAGUUGGGCUGCAAAUAACAAAACCCAACAAAUUGAGGCUUAAGGAAAUAUGCUUCUUUUACUCUUGCAUAAGAAAUUGUCCAGAGGUGUGUAGUCCAGGCCUGGCAUAGCUGCCCAGCAGUGGCACCUUAGCAUAUUCUCCUGGUGGUUUUUUCAUCGUUGCGGUCCUCAUGUCAGGCUGAAGGAAAGAGAAGGUUUCGCCACAUAGAGCUUUGCGUUCUAUUUUUGGAAGUAAGGCCAUCUCCUCAGGGACUUCCUGCCAACAUCUCAUUGGCCAGAACUAAGUCACAUGGUCACCCAUAGCUGCAAGAGAGCCUGGGAGAGUGAGCUUUUCUUUUUCACGUGCCCUGCAGUAGAGACUGGGUUGAAAAUGGAGGUUUGGGGAGAGUAAACCUCUAGGGUCUGCCAUAGCCUAGGCACUCAGUGUACUCAGUUUCCACAACCAUAAUCUGGAAGCUCUUUGGAAAAGCAUCUUAAAGCAACUCAGGCUGCAAAUGGAUUAUUGGCUAGAAAAAGAACAGGCUACACAUAUUUUUUCUUCCAUAACCUUGAAAAUGGCCAAAAGGACAAGCAAGGUUGCCUCAGUCCCUGAAGACAGGGUGUCUUCAUACCUCAUGAAAUAAAAUUUCUUCUUUUUUUUUUUUUUUCCUUGAGACAGAGUCUUGCUCUGUCACCUAGGCUGGAGUGCAAUGGCACUAUCUCGACUCACUGCAACCUUUGCCUCCCGGGUUCAAGCAAUUCUCCUCUCUCAGCCUCCUGAUUAGCUGGAAUUACAGGUGCAUGCCAUCAUGCCCAGCUAAUUUUUGUAUUUUUUUUAGUAAAGACAGGGUUUCACUAUGUUGGCCAGGCUGGUCUCAAACUCCUGACCUCAGGUGAUCCACCCACCUCGGCCUCCCAAAGUGUUGGGAUUAUAGGCGUGAGCCACUGCUACUGGCCAGUGACAUAAAACUGCUAACAGAGGAAGCUAUAUCCAGCCUGGAGAAGUUUCCAGCUGUUGUGUUGAAAAAAUGCACUAAUAUUAUGGUUAUAAAAUUAAACUGCACUUGGUGGUGGGCUGGAGGCUAAGCUUUCAGAGGGUCCCUUGCCUGGGUUCAGGAUCUUGUUGGCCCUUUUGGUCCCCAAAUGUGGUCUUGUCACUGUACCUAGAGGGGUUCUGAGACAUCAUCAGAUUUCUUGGGGAUCAAUACAGGCUAAACAAGCUCAUGGACAUUGGGGGGUAGUCAUUCACCAUGAGAAAUAGAACUAGGCUGUAAGGCUUGUCCAUUCAGCGUUUCUCCCCAUCAGAAAGAGUGAGUCUGUGGGGAAGACAGACUAGCCAGAAUGUCACUCUUGAGCAGGCGGAAUUGGCUGGGUGACUUGAGUCGAUUGGUCAAUCAAGCUUUGAUAGCCACCUCUGUCAUCACACUGACUCAGGGGCAGUCCAUGACACUAGGAGACCCUUUUCUGUUCACAGUGGCUAAUUAAGUUAAGCUUGAGCAUUAAGCUUGCGUGUUGAUUGUUUAUGUCACAUGUUUACACAGUCGUGUUUUUCUAAAACCCCCUCACCUUGAUGGACUUGGGUUUGUGAAAUUUCUUAGGCAUCCAUUUCCAGCCAUCUAGGGUGGGCUGAAUCUAGAGAUGCUUAUUUUGUUUGUGCAUUCAAAUUUUCGGUGAUUUCAUUGUGGGAGGGUGGCCUAAAGUCCUGAUGUUGCCUUCUCCAUCCAAUGACCACCCCAAGGUACUUUGCAUAAUGCAAAAAAGGCCAGUGUAAUGGGAGUCGGGACUGCUGUGUCCUGGGCUCUGAGUGGUCCUGAGCAGGUCAUGUCCCUUCUAGCCUUUAAUCCUUCCUCAGUUGGCCUCUGAUGUCCCCUUUUCCUUCCUGAAAGCUACAUGCCCUUGCUGGGGAGAGGCUGGCAUCUCCACUCCUGGGGUCAAGUCUGUCUGGUACAAUUUCAUCCUCUGCUUGCCCCCCUCAUUUUUUCAGAUCAGGAUCAUCUGGAUAAAGAAAUAGAAAAACUCCGGAAGCAACUUAAAGUGAAGGUCAACCGCCUUUUUGAGGCCCAAGGUAUUGGCUUAGCAGGGACUGGAGAUGAGGAGGGGAGAGAAUCAUCAGCAUGGACUUCGAAGGGCAGGGGUGGGAAGCCUGACCCUCAGAGGUGGGCAGUGGCUGGGGCAGCCUGUGAGUGGCCCUGGAGGUGUGCACAGUGGUUGGUUGUAGCUGCCCAGGGACAGAAUGGACAGGGGGAUUUAUACAGUCCUAGUCCUGUCACUUCUUUUCCAGGUCCCACGAACCACUUGGGGUGAUCUCACAUUAUACAUCAGGGCAUGGCAUGGGGAUCAGAUAGCUCCGACUGAGGAAACUCAGAAGGCUUCAGUGAGUGAUUGAGGUCAGAGCUGAAAUUCUUGAUAAAUGCAAGCACUCUACGUUGGUCACAGGUCUUGGAAAAACCUGAGGCUCUUUGGGCAGCAGAGUCAUGACUUUGCAGGCUCUUGGUGACACAGGAACGGUGGUGAUGCCUCAUCCGGUGCAUUGCAGAAUUGGAGGCCCAUCCCUGCCAGACCUCCAGGCCGAGUUUGGCAGCAUUAGUGCAGCGUCAGCCCCUUUCCUGGGCCUGGCUCCAGAGACAGCAGGAGGCCCAACAUGCUGAUGGAUCAUCUUCUCUCCUAGGCAAACCGGAGCUGAAGGGUUUUAACUUGAACCCCCUCAACCAGGAUGAGCUUAAAGCUCUCAAGGUAAUCUUGAAAGGAUGAGACUCCAGAACCAAGAUGGGGGACCAGCAACUUCCCAGGGUCAUGGAGGACCCAGGACCCUCCAACCUUGACACCUGUAAGGACAGGAUCUGCCCUGUAAGGGGACAGCCGUCAGGAAUCUGGCCAUGAAAACCUCUUUGCAGUGCUUGGCUACUCUGUGAUGGCAGGAGGGAACCUUCAGCCUGUCUGGCUGCUAGACCUGGACACCAGGGCUCAGUGGACACAAGAUCUAUUGACGGGCCCUGGUAGCCACCAGUGGGUGUGUGGGGCAGUGGCUGUGGGGGUGUAAGAAUGACUGCAACAGGCACUUCACAACAAUGGCCUGCUGUUCAUAUGGACCCUGAGCAAGGAAGGAAGGAGGGAGGGGCAGAGUGGAGUUUCAUUCCAGCAUUCCUCUCAGAAGGGAGAGAGGUUUUCAGGCAGGUGCCAUGCGAUUGGAAUAAAGCAGGAGGCUCAUGGGUGGUUGCUGAAUGAAGAACAGAAUCUUGGUGCUUUGUGGCUCACCACAGCCAUCUGUGGGGCAGGCAUAUGCACCUCCUGCCAGCUCCAUUUUUGUGCUUUUUCCCUGCUUGAUUCCAAGAGUAGGUGCUGCCUAGCAGCCUUUGGUGGCCGCUCUUUACUCAGGAGGGCCUUGCAGAGUCCUGCACCAGGCCUGGGUGAGUGGGUGUGCCUCUUACCAUAUGACACAUGUCAAGAGUGCCCUUCCGCCCUCUCUGAAAGUGGGGCCUGGCCAGCACUGCUCGUUACUGUCUGCCUUCAGUAGUCUGAGGUCCCAGUAUGAACUGCCGUGAAGUCAAAAUUCUUAUGUGUUCCUUAAGGGCUCAAUAAAUGUCAGCUGAAUGAA